AUGAAAUGGAUGAUGGAGCAGAACAGAAGCUGUCCUUGUCUUGGCUUUCAUGCGGCAGCGUGUAACAAGCGACCAGUGGGUGAGUGGGUGGGUGGGAUGUGCACGCGAAUGGGCAGCCCUACCAGGCGAAACCUACCGUCUCCAGACGAAAUGGCAGAGAGAACUUUCAACAAAGUUACACCCGCCAGAACAGGGAAAGCAAGAAGGGCCCCUCAGAAGCAAAAGCAAUGCCUCGUGGCGGAAUCGAACCGCCGAUCUUCUCAUGUCACUAGGUACUAG